UGGCCACACAAAACCCUAGACUACCUUGUGCAUAGCAUCGUCAUGUGACUCACCCUAGCAACCGUGCUUGUCAUUAUUAAUACAGCAGCAGGGAGAAGUAUAAGGGCUUUGAAAGGGGGAUAAUGGGACUGAUCCCGCUGUGAGCAACCAUUGCCAGAUCUUUAUUGCUCUGCAGACUGAAUCCUUGUCUUAAACGCAUUGACUUCCCAAGAGGCACCUUGGAAAAAUGAGCCACCCUUACCACGGACCCCUCUCUGCGUACAACAGCCUCAUGGACAGGCACCUGACUGGGUAUUUCAACAAUACACGGAUAAAAAGACAUCUUCAAAGAGCUGGGCUGAUUACAAGAAAUGGAAGAAUACUAUCUGAGAAAGAAUACAGAUUAAAUGCCAUGCGGCGUGAUCAUCAGAAAUAUAUCCGUGAAUGCCUGGCGCAAGCAAUAUUCCAUAAGGUGCUGGACAUGGAGCGUCAUCACCAAAUUGAAAUAAAAAGAAAAUUGGAAUCUUUUGCCAGAAAGGAACGAGUUCAAAGAACCAAGGUGGACCAUUCAAAAAGUGCAGAAGAAGACACGGGUCCUGUCUUUUCUCCUCGUCCACCAACCGGGCCAAGAAGUGGGCUGAACCGACAGAUGACAACACAGGUGGAAGGUUCAGAUUCUUCAGAAUCAGCAUCUUCUCCCAGACCGAACACAGCUCCUGGUGGCAUGCAGCGUCCCUAUCGACUUCGGCCACUGCAGGGAUACUCUUCCUACGGAAAUGUCCCAAAGACAUCAUCUGGAUCACGACACAAACAGUCCUCUGAUGACACAGAGCAGCACUUCUCCAAAGGGGUGGACAGAGAUAUAUGGAAACUAAUAAAUACAAUGGAUCACCCAGGGGAAAUAUCUCCUUAUCGACUUCCCAUAAUCAAUAACUUUGUAAUGCCGGCUCCACCUCCCCCACAAAAACGUCCCAAACAUGGGGCAAGUUAUUCAUCACGGGGAAGACGCUUCCGUCCAACCACGGCCCCUAAUGAACAUGAAGUAUCCUCAAAGGAUCCUAAAAAGUUUCCAAAACCAUCUUUACACAGUAAUGUAAAAAUAACAAUGAUUUACCUUGGAAAAAAUGUCCAUCUAUCUUUUGAGGAUGACGACUACCGAGACGAAGUUAAAAUUUUCCAGCAACACUGCGGAGGUGAAAAUCUUUGUGUUUUUAAAGGAAGACUUCUUGAAGGAGAGUCCUUCAGUUUAAUAUCACGGCGGCACAGAGGGUUCCCUUUCAGCCUCACAUUUUUUAUCAAUGGCAUGCAGGUAGAUCGAUUAAGUUCUUGUUGUGAAUACAAACACCGCAAGGGGGCGAGACUAGGGGGCAGGAAUGGACAUUUUGGAUUCACUGACAUCGAAGGAGCUUCUCCAUGUUACAGAUGUAUCAUUGCAAUGGGUCUUGAUAAAAAACCAUUGCCCCCGCCGAAGAAAACAACAGAAGAAAUGUCUGACAGUGAAGAUGAGAAAGAUGAAAGGAAAGAUGAUUCAGCGGUGGAGGAUGAUGUUAGCGAACAAAAAAGUCAUGUAGAUGAUGAAAAAAUGGAACAGAGAAGUCCAAGAACAUCCUCUCCGUAUGAUGCUGAAAAAGAGGCAGAUGACACCAAGAAAGACAUGGAAUAUGAAGAAGAGGGAGAGGACACAAAUGACGAGACUCGAGUUUGCACCGAUACGUACGAAGCAGAUGAUGAAACCAAAGAUGAGUACGAUGAAGAUUUCGAAGUGGAAGAAGAGAAAUCAGAUGAGAAACAUAAUGAAGAAGGACAGGCUUAUGAUGAAGUGGAAGAAAAGUCAAAGUCACCCUCGGAUGAUGAAAAAGAUGAUUUAGAGCAUGAAAAAGAGAGUAACAAGUCAUCAAAGCUGAAAGUGCAGACUCCCGACAGUCAGAAAGAUGAAAGAGAUGGGCAUUCAGAGAGCGAAAAUGAAGGGGAUAAACAAGAAAAUAAACAUGACACAGAGUCCUCUUCGUCAGCCAGUUCCAUUUCUAGUAGCUCAAGCGAAGAUGAGUCUGACUAUGAUGGUGAUGGCGAAGAGACUUCUAGGAAAAAGACAACACAAGAAACCAAGAAAGUUCAGAGCAGAAAAGCAUCACUGGAAUCCGAAAAACCUUCAACACCCAGCGCAGAAAACCAGACAGACGAUGACCCACUUGUGGAGGAGACAGAAAAUAAAAUAUUAGAAUUACAAGAGACCAGCCUGGAAGCCAAGGCGUCACAGCUCAGUGAUAUUGCUGAAGAGCCACAUCAAAGCAGAACAGCCAGCAGACAGAACAAUCUUGAGAGUCCUUCUGGAAGUGGUCAGGAGACAGAUUCUGAGCACGAUGACACGCCAUCUGAGGAUGAGAAUAUAGCUGCAGCUGAAGAGGUUUUAGAUAAUAAGCCUUCUGAGAGUGAGGAUGAAGAGGAAUGCAAAUCAGUCCAAGAAAAAAUAGCGGAGGCGAUGGGACAAGGUGAGAGCGUGGAAUCAGAACCAGAGGCAAGUGACACCAGUACAGACGAAGAGGAUACCUUUAAAAGACCCUUCAUGGCUCACAAAUUAACAGCUGAAAACAUUAUACCUGAGACAAAUGAAUUGACCGCUGAGUCUAACGAUGUAAAGGAUCUGGAGGAAAAUUCAAAAAUAGAGGCAUUAGAAGAGACAGAGAAACCAGAAGAGCAAAUGACAGAAGAAAAUGAGAUGACGGCAGAUAACACAUUAAGUGAAGAAGAGACACGUCAAGAACAUUUGCUAAAUGAAGAUUUGAAAAUAGAACUUGAACAAGAAAAGGAUGAGGAAGAAGUUAUUAUGGAUCACAGUAAUAUUGCAGAGGAACCUCCGCAAGAAGUUGACGAGGAAGAUUAUGAAGCAUUUAAUGAUGAACUUUUGAGAGAGGCAUUGAAUGAAGAUUUAGCAGAUGAGGCAGAACUUAAAAACUCCAAUGAUGAUAAUGAGAUAGGUGAUUUAACAGAUCUUACCUUGGAACCAAUAGAAGAUUCGGAAAUGGCUGAAGAAUUUAGGGGAAUUGAAGGAGAGAAAACCACAAAUGAAAUUAAGGCAUUAGAAGAAGAAACAAUGGAGGUCUCUGCAUAUUCUUCCCUUAAUUCUAUGCUAGUAUCACACACAGAAGAAUCUACAUCAAAUCUUGAUGAAUUAAAUGAAAAAGAUGAGGAUCUCAACUCUUUAAAAGAUCAUGAUGAAUUGGUAAGUGAGAGAGAUUCAACUAAGGAGAUAACAGAAAACCUUUUAGCUUCAUCAUCGAGUUUUGCUAACACCAACUCUGCAGAUGGACCAAACCAGAAUCAAGAAACUGGAAAUAGUGGGAAUGAACUUUUGGAAAAAGAAAGUGAUUUAUUAUUUACAGAUCAAACAUCUGAUGGGACUGCAGAGGAUGCAGAUAGUGAGUUGAAUAUGGAGCAACAGUUUGAAAUGCCCGUUGUUAGUUCUAAAUCAGACCCUCUGAGUGUUUCUCAUAUAGAAAGUGAAGAGACUGUUGACAAUGUGGACAAUGAGAAUAACUUAUCUUCUAGUUAUAUCACAGAAGUGAAAGAAGCAUUGAAUAAUGCAGAUAUCAGUGAAGAUAUUAAAACAAAAGAUGAUAUUCAGGAAGAGGAAAUAUCUGAUAUUAUGGCAAGUGAUAAGGAAAGCAAUGCACCUGUAACUGAUGCAAUGAAUACAGAAACUGAUACAGAAAUGGUCAUGGGAGAACCAGAUGCUAACCCGAGUAGCCCAGAAGAAAGGAAAGUGUUUGAUAAUGAAGAGGAGAUAACAGCAAGUGGUGAAACUAGCAAUGUUGAACUGACCACUGAAAUUCUAGAAAGUCAGGAAAAUUUAGAAGAGAGCAUGGAGAGCAAGGCAGAAGAUGAUUUAGAUGUAAUGGGUUUAAAUAAUGAACAGAUAACAGAAAUUCCAGUUGCUGAGAAUGAUGACCAACCAGAUGGAGGUGCAAGGACUGAGCAACCGAUACCCAAUGAGGAACUGGGCAAUUCAGCUGUGGAGAUGGCAGUUGAAGGAAUAUCUGCUGAGGAGAUGAAACGACCUGCAAAUUUUGUGGAAGGUGUGGGAAAUGUAGACGAAGAUAAGGAAGGUGAUUUCUGUGACAGUGAAGACAAGGAGACCACUGAAAAUGCUGAAAAUAUGACAUCUGAGGGUGAAAAUGCAUCCAACAAACUCAUUCAAGAUGAGGAAAUGGUAGCUAGUGAUGUAAGGAUGACUGAACAUGAUGUGACUGAUGAUGUAGAAGAAACAAAGGAAGCUGUAUUGAUGGAUCCAAUCACUGACAUGAAAAAUGUAACUGAUGAUAAAGAAGAUGUAUCUAUAGAUGACUUUCCUAAUGGAAACCUUGAAUCUACUGCUAAGGAUGAAAGUGUAGUGGAAAACCUUGAAUUUACUGAUGGUGGCACUAAUAAUGAUCACAUAGCUACUGCUGAUAGGGUGGAGAAGGAAGAUAUUUCUGCUACUGCAAAUGAGAAAGAAGGUUUGCCAGAUGUAGAAAUUGAGGAUGCACCUGUUGAAAAUGGUAGUGAGACAGAAGUGGUUAAUCUAACAGAUGAGGGAGUGGUGGAUACACAUUCUGUGAAGGGAGAGGAAAUUGAUAAUAAUGAGAAAGAAACAUUUAGUGAGGGAUAUUUUGGUGACCAAGAACUCACUAAUGAUACAAUUGGUGAUGAUAUAGACGAGCAUACUGAAUCAGAUAUGGCAAAUAUUGAAAAUACAUCAAAAUAUGCACUUAGUGAGGAAAAUGCAGCCAUCAAAAAUGAAGAGGAAAUCGAUAAUACUGCCACAGGUGAGUCAGACCUGAUAUGUGAGGAUGAGCCUAAGGAGGAGAGUGCAGUUACCCAUUUUUCCACUGCCGAUAAUAUCUCUGAAAAUGAUCAGAUCGGAAUUAUAAAUCAUGAUAAUAUUGAAGAUCAGACCAAAGAAGAGCAUGAAAGCCAAGUAUCUAACUCCACAAACUUAAUUUUAAAUACAGAGAAGGAUGCUUCCGAGCAUGACGAUUCUGUUGUAGAGGCUGAAGUUUUGAAGGAUGCUUCCGAGCAUGAAGAUUCUGCUGUAGAGGCUGAAGUUUUGAAGGAUGCUUCCGAGCAUGAAGAUUCUGCUGUAGAGGCUGAAGUUUUGAAGGAUGCUUCCGAGCAUGAAGAUUCUGUUGUAGAGGCUGAAGUUUUGAAGGAUGCUUCCGAGCAUGAAGAUUCUGUUGUAGAGGCUGAAGUUUUGAAGGAUGCUUCCGAGCAUGAAGAUUCUGCUGUAGAGGCUGAAGUUUUGAAGGAUGCUUCCGAGCAUGAAGCUGAAACUAACACCCCAAAAGAAGAAUCUGAAGAAAAAGAGAAAGAUGAUGGAGAAAAUGGCAAUUCCACAGACGUUACACAAGUAAGUAAUGUUAUUGAUGGUGGAAAAGAUCUGGAAAAAUUGGAUCAUGAUACAGAAGUUGAGGAUAAUGGUAAAGAUAUUAACGAUUCAGGCACAGAAAUUGGACAAAAUAAUAUGUUGGAACCAUCAGCCCCUGAUGAAAUUGAAAUAGCUAAUGUUGAUGCCAAAAUCUCUGAACCCAAAGAAGAGGAAAACCCAGAGGAGAAAGAAACAAGUAGCGCAACUAAUGAAGUUACUGACCAGUGAUGUCACGUAUCACGUACUUCCAGAUGGUCAGUGUCUCAAAUGCAUUUACUAGUAACCAACUAGCAAUUAAAUAAAUAUGUACAUCUUGACAAUGCUUGAACGAUAACUUGAAGGCUCCAUUGCUGAUAUCUAUUAAGCUCUAGUUUUGAAAUAAUUCUUCCCCCCCAAAAGAACUAUUAGAAGCUGCUAACUUUUAUCUGUUAAAUUGUUGCAUAAUCACUGAUUAUUCUGCAUUACAAGAUCUAACUAUAAAAACAUGCAAAGCCUGCAAAACAGCCCUUUAUUGGGUAUAUUUUUUAUAGGGAUUUCAUAGUUUUAUGCAAUUUCUGGUAUUUUCUUCUGCCACAUAUUCAUGCUACAAACUUUCCUCUCUACCUCCUGUAGGAUCCAAAGUCUUGGAAUGUAUAGGUUAUUAGAGCAAGCUAGAGUCAUGCUUGUGUUUGUAGAUGUGCGCUCUGUGCUACAUACCGUACAAUUUCGGCAACAUGGUCAACAAUGACGUAUAGGUAUUGUUUUGCCCCUCCAUUAAUAUAAACCUGUUUUUGCACAUAAUUUUGACCCUACCAUCUGCUUGUCAUAGUCCAAAUUGAGAUUUGUCAGACCUGCAUUUUCUUUUCCAGUCUCCAGUAAUCAACAUGUGGUUAUUACGUGCCCACAGUAGCCAGUAUCUUGUUGUUUUCUGCCACAGGAACAUACCCCAACACUGCUUUCUACUACUGGAUCAUAUUUGAUCACAGUGUUAAGUAUUGUGUUCAGAGAAGUCCUGGUCUCCACCACUUAGAAAAGAGUGGUUAUUUCCGUAUCUGUGGCUUUAAUGUUAGCUUGAAUGGACCUGGCCUUUCUCUGGCUUCUCUCAUUAACAAGGUAUUUUGCCUACAGAACUUGCAUGAAAAACCCAGUAGUUUAGCUGUUUCUAAGUUUCUGGAACUACCAAGUUGAUGCAAGGAAUGCUGGCCAUACAACUAAACCACUUGACCAUGCCUGCUUUAUAUAUAUUAAGCUUUAGCCAAAUGAGUCACUGCUAGCUAUGGAUUUUUGUAUUAAUGAACACAUGCACCUUAUAAAGUCACCAUUAAGUUUACAAACCUAGAAUAUCAUUCAAGGUAAAGCUAUUAGUUUAAAUACUAUUAAGGAAAUAAAAAUACUUGAUACAUGUAUAAGAAUCUCAAAUAAAUUGUGAGGAUUCUGGUGAGAUACCAACAUUUGUAGAUUGAAUAGCUUACUUGAUUCCCAUGUGUGAUUUAAAAAAAAGUAUCCAAUUAUUUUAGUUUUGUCACCUCGGUUCUACAGAGGGAUGCAUAUGAGACAAUGGACAGUUCAAAUUAUUAUUUUUUUGUUAUUUGCAUCACAGAAGACAUUUUAUUGUAUCUAAGUCUUAGUUUACAAUUUAUCUAAGGAUCAGCUAUUUAAAUCCAACUAUUUUUCUUGAGCAAAAAAUCGAAUUCUAAUUAAAUUUCAAGGAAGGCUAAUUAAUGUAUGGGUAUGAGAAUAUAUAUUGCUGCUCGAGACAUGAUGGACCUAUAAGUUCUCACCAAGUCAUGGACCAUCCCAAAUCAUCGUAUAACUUUC